AUGGACAUGAUGAAGAAUAGCCCUUGUGAUGUCUCUUCUUCUUCUUACAUGCUUAUUGAGGCCAGUGGUGACUCUGAAGCUGAUUGGAACCCCUUUGCUAUGGGUGAACAUGCUUAUGAAAUUGGCAGAGCAGAUGAUGAUGCUCAAUCUUGCAUCUAUGAUGAUUCUGAGACUUGUAAUGCUGCUGAUGAACUCAAUGGAUAUGAUGAGUCCUGGAAUAAUGAUGAUGAUGAUGCUGAAGACGAGAAGAAAGAUGAUGUUAUUCAUCAUGGAACUUCAUAUUGUGAUGAUGAUGAGAUGCAGCAACACCAGAAGUCAUGUGUGUCUGAUGAUUCUGGCCAAGAAUUUGUGGAUGAGAUGGAAAAGAACAGGCUUUUCUGGGAAGCUUGCUUGGCAUCUUGA